UCGGCUCAAUUUUCAAUUCGAUUGCAAUUUUUUGAUAUCUCCCGCCUCUUUUUGCACUGCGCAAAAUCCGCGCCGAGAGCAGACGACAAAUCAUCUGCAUUGGUUUUUGCCAGUACACACGUGCAGACGCUUUUCAGGCACAAAACAUCAUGUCAACUCGUUGUCAGCAGUGGCCUCCACAGCUUAGCUCGUUUUGCGCAAUAUCGCCAAAUAACGCGAGAAGUUUCUCGUGACAGAUGUAAAAUCGGAAAGAAAACGUUGGUUCGAUUCGUUUGGAGCAAUUAUCGUCCCUGGUGAACUCAGUUUUUUCAUAACAUGGCGUUGGUCGUUACGACUAUCAGGGCUAUAAAUAGGAAAAAUCGCUCGCUUUCCUUGAACUUGGCAGAUCGCCUUGGAUACUGCGUGUCCCAGUCGAAUCUCGCCUUCGUGCCUAAAUGCGAGCCCGUCAAGUCGGAGGAGGUAGAGCUACUCAAGCAGUUUCUUCGAGAUUGCGGCAAAAUAUGCGUCGUCACUGGUGCUGGAAUAUCCACGGAGAGUGGAAUACCUGAUUACAGAUCAGAGGGUGUCGGGUUGUAUGCCACGAGCAAUCGCCGACCCAUGUCGUACCAAGACUUUUGCAAGAGUGAAAAGAAUAGAAAGCGUUACUGGGCAAGGAAUUAUGCCGCUUGGCCAAGUUUCUCGCUGUUUCAACCCAACUACACUCAUAAAUGGUUGAAAAGUAUGGAAGACAUUGGAAAAGUGAACUGCGUCAUUACUCAAAAUGUUGAUUAUCUCCAUAGGAAAGCGGGUAGUAAAAAUGUCAUUGAAUUACAUGGUACUGGUUACAAUGUAAAGUGCAUGAGGUGUGAAAGACAAGUUGAUAGAUUUGAGUUUCAAAAAAUUCUUGAUGAGUUAAACCCUAGUUUAAAAGUUACGUCCACAGAAAUAAGACCCGAUGGAGAUGUUGAAUUGACGCAAGAACAAGCCGAUGGAUUUGUUGUACCUCCUUGCUCUAGUUGUGGAGGUAUUUUAAAACCCAACAUUGUGUUCUUUGGUGAUAAUGUUGCCAGAAAUGUCGUUGAACAAGUAAAAAAUGAAGUGGAAGACGCAGACUCCUUAUUAGUUCUUGGCACAUCUUUGACGACAUUCUCAGGCUACAGAAUAAUUUUACAAGCAACUGAGGCUGUGAAGCCUAUAGCCAUAGUAAAUAUAGGAGAUACCAGAGGAGACUCACAUGCACAAUUGAAAAUUCGUGGCAGGUGUGGUGAGAUUCUCGAAUCAAUAGGAAAUAAACUAUAAAGCUCUUGCCGAUCGAUAUUUUGCAAUAGAUAGUUAAAACCAAAGUAUUCAGACUAAAUUAUUUGGGAUAAUUGUAAUAUAUAAGUAUUAAAUGUUAUAAUAUGAAUGUUUAUCUAAACUGCUUGUACAUACAAAUAUUUGAUCACUAUUUUGACAAACAAUAUAUUUUUGUUAACGCACACUUAUGUGUUUUGUUGAAUUCAAACCAUCUUUAAAUUACAUUAAUUAUUAUUAGUAGGCUAUAAACAUUUUAAUAAUGCAGUUU